CACACACACACACACACACACACACACACACACAAAAACUAACUAAAUUACAUUUCUGUUCAUGGCAUUAAGGAAGGGCAACAUGCGGGUGGGGCGUUUUCCUUGGGUGUAGAUUCAAUUCAGGAGAAACGAAAAUGAUCAAUACUAAGUUUCAGUUUCGAUUCUGGCUCAGGUGUUGAGCUUACCUGGGCAUGUAAGUAAAGGGAAACCCAAUAUAAGCAUCGCUAUGACAGUGGACACAUCGAAUAAGCCAGAAUGUUUUCAUGGGGAGAAAUUCAUUUAGCAAAGCCGAAUGAUUUGGCGGAAAACCGAGAGUCAGAGAAUGGCAUUCAGUUCGUACCAACGACCAAACCAAUAAUAACAAGUUUCUCUGCGAAUAAUUCAACGGUAACGUUUACCAAAAGUGAUGGAAGGGCAUAUUUUCUUCGUCGGCAAAGGAACCACGAUGGAAAUGGGAGAUUCGGGAAAACCAAGAGCAUCAAGUGCAAACACGUCGUAGCUUCCAGUUCAGGAGACUCUGGUCUUCUCCUGCUGUCCAGGGAUGGCUCUGUCGUCUUUGUGGACCUCAGUGCACCCGCCAUUCCAAGAUCACUCCAAAACUGCAUUAAGAAAAGGAUCAUUCAGGUCGCAUGUGGAGACCAACAUUCCAUAGUUUUAACUGAAGAUGGACAAGCAUUGUCUUGGGGCAGCAACACUCGGGGGCAACUGGGUCUCACCCUCCCAGGGACUUCUGUCGUACCGUCCCCUACACCAGUGGCAGCCCUGUCAGGGGUACCCCUAGUCCAGGUCACCGCUGGGGGAGCCCACACUCUGGCCUUGUCUGUCUCUGGAACCGUAUUCGGCUGGGGGCAGAAUGACGCCGGUCAACUGGGUCUUGGAGACAUGACAGACAGAUCUACUCCAGUGACAGUUGAGUGCCUCAACCUUAAGAAGACCGUUUCUGUUUCUUGUGGUGAAAGACACACUGCUGUUCUGACAAAGGGAGGUUUGGUGUUUACCUUUGGCAGCGGUGGCUGUGGGCAGCUGGGACACAACUCUCUGCUGAAUGAGCUGACCCCUCGUGUGGUGGCUGAACUCUGGGGCGCAGCGGUCACCCAGGUCUCCUGUGGCAGCAACCACACCAUGGCAUUAGUAGGCCCAACAAAGAAGAUCUAUUCAUUUGGUCGUGGAGAAGAAGGCCAGCUUGGAAACAGGCUCACCACAGACUGUUUGGUGCCUCUGCCUGUUCUGCUGCCUCAUGAUGACCAGAAGAAUGUUGAGCGAAUAUUUGCUGGAGGAAACCAAUCUUUGGCCCUUUGUUCUCUCAGUCAGGAGCCUGAGAAGGAUCUUCCUGGGAUUAUUACAGCUCUGGAUAUGGACACCAUCGACUUCUGGCUCUCAAACUGUCGGGAUGCGAAAUCAUGGCGUAAAAUUAGAAAACGGAUCAAGGAUAUAUUCUCAUCCACAUCUUCCUUGAACGCCAGCUUUCUUGACAGAAGCGCUGACAAGCACUACCAGACCUCACCCAGGUGCUCUGGCUUGGACUUGGUUCUUGUCAAAACAGCUUUUGCCAAGCUAGCAACAAACACUGAAGUGCUACACGAGGUGGAGACCGUCGUCCGAGACUGUCUCCUGCCCUCGUUGACUGGGCAGCCGGUCGGGUUGGAAGGCCUGAGGGUUUACUACCUGCUGGUGGGGCUGCUAAAGGUGCUGCCCAGAGACAACUUUGGUGAAAUGCUCUCCGUGAGGGUGGCUGAUGCCUACCUCUCUCUGCACCAAGACAGACUGGAAGUCCUUGUUGGACUAUGGUCCUGGACACCUAGCUUCUUCCGAACCGCAGUCGAGACCUUCUGCAACGUGUCCAGGAAGCACCUCUCAUCCAUAGAUGUGGGGACCAUCUCGAGAACCGUUUUCUUUAUGAAGACGGCAGACAUUUUGCAAAGGCUUCAUUAUGCCAGCAGUAGCGGUUCACGGUGCCUCGAAGAUAGUGUUUUCCAUGUGACGAUAGACAUAGAUAAAUUGGGAGUAAUGUAUUUCUUCAAUUGGAUGGUAGAAAUGCAAAGAUCCCAUACUGAUCUGGGGUUGGUGGAAGCCGUGGAUGAGACACUUACAGCCAUAAAAUCUAUUGAGAGUUGCCUAUUCCGCCUGGUGAAGUACCCUUGCAUUCUACCCAUAGAAUGCAAGGUGAAGCUGUGGAUCAGGCAUCUGAAUAGCAUCAAGUAUUUGCAGGCAGGAGUCUUUCAAUUCAAUGUCAACCGGGGGACAGUGCAGCAGGACACUUUUCAAUUUCUGCGGACGUCAUCCCAUGACCCAAAAUCAAAGCUUCAGGUGAAGUUUAAUGGGGAAGAUGGUGUUGAUGAUGGAGGUGUGUCAAUGGAGUUCUUUCACCUCCUUGCUAAAGAACUUCAGAAGGCAGAACCACAAAUACUGGAAGUGAACGAGCACGGAGUGGCCUGGUUCAGCAAGAAUGUCGCCCAGCUGACUGAUGAGUUCUUCCGACUGGGCACGCUCUGUGGCAUGGCUCUGUAUAACCAGUGCCUGAUGAACAUCCCCUUCCCCUUGGCUCUCUUCAAGAAGCUCCUGGGCUUGAAGCCAACCCUGGACGACCUCAUGGAGCUGUCGCCAACUGUUGCACAAAGCUUAAAGGAACUGUUGGACUAUGAAGAGGAGGCUGUUGAGGACCUACAGUUAGAUUUUGGAGGGGAUGCAGAAGGUUUGGAUCUUCUACCCAAUGGACAGUCCAUUCUAGUGACCAAAGUCAACAGACACAUGUGUAUCGAACCCAGGCAGAAAUAUGUGGACCUCCAAGUGGACAUGGUGUUCAGCCGCUCGGUGAAGCAUCAGUUCAGGAAGUUUGAGAGAGGCUUCUUUAAAGGCUGCCCUUCACCUGCAUGGAGAAUGUUCCUCCCUGAUCAACUCAUGACGCUCCUCAAAGGAGAGGAGAUCUUCAACUGGGAUGGUCUGAGACAGAAUGCAAAAUAUGAAGGCUGCACAUCCAAUGAUGAAGUCAUCAAAAACUUUUGGAUUGUCUUGGCAGAGUUCUCCGUGGAGCAGAAGAAGGACUUCCUCAAAUUCCUAUCUGGAACGGACAGAAUUCCCAAAGUUCGCAGUUCAACAAUCAAGAUAAUCAUCAAGUUGUCGUGUUACCCAGAACCUGAGCUGUACUAUCCAAUGGCCGCGACAUGCUACUGGACUUUGAUUCUCCCCAACUACAGGAACAUCCAAACACUUCGUCAGAAACUCCUUCAUGCGGUCAAGUAUUGUGAUACUUUUGGAUUACAAUGAAAUAGUUUGACCUAAUCGAGACUGCUACGUAUGGUGGCAUAUCACUGGACAAAUUUGCUGCCACUUUUCUUGAUUAUAAUUCGAAUCAUAUAAAUUUUACUCGUGGUCGGUGGACCACACAAUUCUGAAAUUGUGUCAAAGUAGAAGGCUGGCCAUGUGUUAAUUGUACUAGAGACAGUGUUUCCCCUAGGAUUGAGCUACAGCAGCGGCGGUGGAUUUUUUUCGCUUGCAAAUCUUUUUGUGUGCUCGCAAAGCGCUCCCUGCCGGGAGGUUUCUAUGCGUCUUCCGGCACCAAAAGGGUGUACAUACAGUACAUUUGUGCACAGUAAUGGGCAGGGAAAAAUAUGGAGAGAUUAAACAUAAUACAAGUAUAAUCUUUAAAACAACUAUUUACACUUAUUUUACAAAAGAUAUAUUAUAUCAACAACCACCCUAUACAGUAAAAUCACAUAACACAAAUACUACAACAACCAAAGCAUCUUCCCCUCUCCCCACCACAAAGGUCGUAGUAGGACCAUAAAGAGGCAAUGCUUCUGUUGAACAAGUUUUGGGGCUCUAGAGUCAAUAGUGGCGACGCUACUGAAAUUGUUGCUGUUAAAAAUGAAUAUUGACAUUUUUGUUAAAAAGAAAUUCCUUAAAUAUAAGUAGAAAUAUAUUUUUCAAAACUAAAGGUUGCAAUAACCAUGCCUAUAUGGAAAACAUUUUGGGGCUCUAGAGUCAAUAAUGGCGCCUCUAUUGAAAUUUUACCAUUGUGCUCGUUUUCAGUUGUGCACUUUGCAGACGGUCCCUAAGCUCGCGGCUGAAAGCCUACAGCUCACAGAAGCCAAUGCAAUUCACCGUUCCCUAAAGACGGCUUGUUUGCAUGAAAACCAUGUUGUUGCUGAUUCUAUAGGUUACAACAUUACUAAAGGUGCUUAGCUAGAGGUGUCAAUUGUGUCGCAACAAUGUUUCACUGAUGAUCUAUUGAACCGCAAACUCUGAAUCUGCCAAUUUAUUUCCAACUUUACGGAAGUUCCUCUCCGUUCAUAUGCUUUACUCACAGGUGUUUGAAUUGACCUAGAUAUGAAGCAUCCGUAGCACAAAAUAAUAUUUGUCUCUAAAGAGAAGACGGAGCUCUCCUCUCCUCUCCGUUUAUAUGCUUUACUCAGGUGUGUGAAUUGACCUUGAUAUGAAGCUUCCGUAGGGCAAAAUAAAAUAACAUUUGUUUUUUAAAGAGAUAAGACGGAGCUCUGCUCUCCUCUCCGUUUAUAUGCUUUACUCAAAAGUGUGUGAAUUUACCUGGAUAUGAAGCGCAUAUUUAACCAUUCAGAGGAAAUCAGGCCUACUGUAGGCCUAUGUAAAUAAGAUUAAAGAUGUCUAGGAUAGUAUAAAUGAUAACUUUAAAUGGCAGGUGUACUUUGCUUUUGAUGGAGCCAUUAUGUUAUAUCAAUAAAAAGCUUUUUAUUGAUGGGCACCUUUCAGGCCACUUAAGCACACCUUACAUGCAUAAUUAAUAAAAUAUUAAAAACACUU